CAACAAUCUCGGAAAAGGCCGCCUUAUUAAAAGAAACUGUAUAUUACCGUAGGAAAGUAAAAGGAGAAAGAGCCUCCUCUCUCCCUCUCCUCAUCCAAUUUCGCAGCUCUCAGUCCACGCUCCGUCCACUGUCACGGUCACCCUCCCUCUGCGGUUCGCAGAAUACGCAUUUUUUCUAUUUUUCCUCAUUUCGAAGAACAGCACGCAGCAAUAGUGCGUCAAUGGCGUCGAUAAAUUUCAACCCGUUUGGUGACAACUGGUUCAAAUUCUCGCGGAAGCUCCCAAUCCCACCAAUCAACCUCGUGUCCUCGCUCUUCAAACCCCAUGGAAGAGCCCCCAACUUCGCCGCCAUUUCGAACCCUUUUUCGAAGAAACCGCAGCCCGAGCCCGAUGAGAAGCCUGGCAAGUACACGCAAAUGUUGGAGCAGUUCUACUGGGAGUGCGAGAAUUUACCGGAUUAUCGACACAGGCCAGAGGUUGAGAAGAUUUUACAGGAAGACCCGAUUGUUGAGAAGAAGGAGAACCCAACCCAGGAAGAGAUUGAGGAGAAUGAGCGGUGGUGGGCUGAGUUCCGAAGCAGCCCGGUUAUGCAGUUCUUGACCCGGGCUGAAGAGAUUGCUGAUAAACUGAAUGAGAUGGAGCUGCAGGAGAAUUCCGUUCCCUACAAGAAUGAAGAUAAGAAAUAUUGGCAGGCAGUGCCCAAUGUGAUUGGGCUGGAUGGGAGGCCAAUGCCAAGGAAAGCUAUAAAAACAAGGAGGGAGUCGGAUGAUAAGUUCUGGGAUUUUGCUAGGCAGUUCUUCUUUGGGCUUUGGGGGUUCAGGCAGCGGCCAUACCCACCGGGUAGGCCGAUUGAUGUAGCUCAGGCUAUAGGCUAUAAAGCACUCGAGAGGCGUUACUAUGACUUUAUCAUGAAAACUGGUGGGUGGUUCUAUAAGGAUCGAUUGGGUCGUACAAGAGGACCAAUGGAACUAAUACAGCUGAAAACUGCUUGGGGUGCGGGGAUAAUUGACAAGCAUACUUUUAUCUGGGGUGAUGAUAUGGAUGAAUGGGCACCUAUUAGCAUGAUCUAUGGUAUGGAGCGUGCAAUUGCUACUUGGGAAGUUAGACUUGGUGCUGCUGCUACAGCUGCUAUUCAUAAGCUACAGAAAGGAAUUCCGCCUUGGGUUCCUCUCAAGGGGCACGAAAAGAAAACUUAUAAGCAACUUCAAGAAGAAGCAUACGAGAGUAAAAGACGUGAUUUGGCUGUUCUAGAGGCUAAUAAUGGUGUUUGGCCUGGUGUCAGAAUUCCGAGCCAUGCUCUGUUCCUUUGGGCAAGUGGCUCUGAGAUGACAACUCUUCUUGAAGAAGACCACAUGCCUAAUAAAUUCAUUCCAAAAGAUCUUAGACAACAAUUGGCAAAAGUUAUCCCCGGGUUGAGGCCGUGGGAGGUUCUCAGCAUCGAACAGGCCAUGGAUCAUAUUACGUUUGGUGGUAAGUGGCACCGUGAGCCUCUUGGAUCGUACACAACAGGCCCUCCUUACAUUGCUGAAUGGAACAAAGACGUCAUGAGACUUUUUGAGAUUUUCCACAACCUGAGUGUUCAAACGUACCACAAACUGGAGAAGACAAUCCCAGGUUUCGACCAGAUCAUGGAAAAAGUCCAAGCUGAUGCUGCUCAGAAAGCUGAAAGAAGGAAAGCGAAGAGGGCUGCAGAAAAGAAAGCAAAGGAGGAGCGGAGAAGAUACUGAUAACAAAGCUAUAUACUGCCAUUGAUUUCUUGCUCUCAGUUGAGUUCUCACCUCAUCUUUGAUUGUCUAUGCUUAAAUUUCUUCCUCUGUAACAAACGACGAGUUGAGAUAUUUUAGGUCUACUACACUGAUCAUAGAGUAGUUCAGAAGAGUUUUUGGCUUGUGGAAUGCUUCAAAUUGGUGAUGAUAGAAUGUGUAACUUGGGCACAAGUUUUGAACUUGUAAAGAUGACACUGACCUAUCCUGAAUUGGGUGAAUAUAUAUUUACGCUAUUCAGCAUUUUCAUUUA